AUGCGUGCAGCGGCUGCCCCCCGCCGCCGCCGUCCUCGGGCAUCCUUCGUGGACGAGUCCUUGUUCGGGACCCCUGCGGGCGCUCGUCCCCCUCCGCCCGCAUUCCCCCCUCCAUGGGCCGAUGCUCCAGGUACCGGCUCCAGGCCGAGCGGGCAGCGCAGGCUGCGAGGCCACACUCCAUCCUUCUGCGAUGAGUCCCUGUUCGGCCCUACCCACGCCGCUCCUCGCAUGACCAAGGAGGAUGUAGCCAAGCUCCAGCCACUGCUCUGGAGCCCCCCGCCUGCCCCCCGCGCCCAGCCUGGCCUCUCCCGCUGCUGCAGGGGCUCCCCGGUAAGCGCUGCCCCUCCACCGGCCGCAGCGGGCUCGGGGGUGUCGCGACAGGACACAUCCUGUGUGUGGAAGCGUCCCGAGAGCGAGCCUCGCUCCACAGGCAGAGCACGACCCCAGUCUCUGGGCUGGCCCAGCACCCCCUUGGAUGGGCCCUGCCGGGCUUUGGACAACCCCAAGCCAGGAAGGUGUAAAAACGGGGGUCCCUCAACAGCCCCCACAACCCCUUGGGUGCUGGGUCGGUCACAGCGUGUGUCCGGACCUCCUUUGGCCAGGAGCAGCACGGCAGAGGGUACCUGCAAGGCCAGGCCUCCCUGGAAGUGAAGCCACACAUCCCUGUGGAUGCCUACCCAAGACCUCCUGAUGGGCAAGUCCAUAGGGACCCUGCACCUUUCCAUGGCUGGACGUGAAGGAUGGGGCUGCUCUGUGCUGGGAGCUGUGCAUGCCCACAGUGCCAAGCAGGCAGUGACCUCCCUGUGCAGGGCACACUCCUGCAGCACCGGAGCGGGACAGCCUUGGUGGUGACAGCAGCUUCCAUCGACUGCCCGGUGGCCAUCAGAGGUGCGGUACUGGAUCAGGUUCCUUCUGACUGGGAAGUCCAGCUGGGAAGCUGGAGCAGGAGGAGACAGGACUGCCUGCAGCGUGGAGGCCAGAAGGACCAGGCACAGGUAGAGGCUGCUCUGGAGCCCCCCAGAACCAUCCCUGCUCCAGGCUGAACGAGCCCCAAUCCCUCAGCCCCUGUGCACAGGAUGUGCUCCAGCCCUGGCCAACCUGGGGGCUCUCUGCUGGCCUUUUACCAACGCUUUAAUGGUCUCCUCUGGCAAGGAAGGAGAAGGUGAGGACUGGCAUCACCCUGCGUCCUGCUGCUGGUGGGAUGCCCCGGGACUGGGUGGAGAAGGAUCUUCCACAGGGAUUUCAGCAGCUUCUGGUGAUGAGGACGUGCUGAGUGAACGCGUGAUCCUGCGGGGUGUACUGAGGGUCUCAAGGUGCUCUCACAGCAACACCACGCUCAUCACCAAAUAAAUGGUUCAAGGCAAA